GCAUUUAUUAAAGUUAUUAGAAUAGACGAUUACAACUAACAUUUCAUAUCCUAUAUGUCUAUCAGUGCUCAAUCCCAAACCUCAUUCUGAAUCCAUUGUACUACUUACUACUACUAUAAUUGGGACAUUGGCCGUAACACUACUAAGGGAUUCCGAACUUGAGAAUCAUGCCUUCUUUUCGCGAUGAUCAUAUCAUUGUAAUACAAGUAGGAUCCUUGUAUCAUCGUGCUGUCCUUGGACUUGGUGAAUCAAUAGGACCACCUACCGUUCGUGUGCGUACCAGAGUUGGAAAGAAUGAACAAGGAGAAUAUAUAUUCGGAAAUCAGCAAGAAGAAGGAAUCAAAAAUGAGGAAAAUGUAAAAGAGGAGGAAUCAGAGCAAAAGACACAAACUUUGGAAAAACCAGAAUCCCACGAUCAACCCUCGUCAGCAAGUAACAACGAGCCAGAGGAACAUAAUCAAAAGGAUGAGUUCAGUCCUUCUUUUCAAUCAGAAUGUAAUAUUGAUGACUGGAAACCUCUUCCGAACGAGAUACAGCCCAUACAGAAAGGAUGCGUUGUCGAUUGGGAUGCAUUAAGAGCAUUCUGGAAGCAUUUGUAUUUUAUAAUUCUUAGUACGUCAACUGAACUUAUUUCGCAAUAUCCUGUAUGUUUGUUAAUACCAACAUAUUGGUCCUCUUAUGAUCGAGAACUUGCGACCCAAUUCUUCUUUGAAGAGCUGCGUGUACCAGCAUUUACAAUUGGUUAUGAAUCACUGAUGGGAUUAUAUGCAAUUGGUGUUUUACAUGGGCUCGUCAUUGAUGUUGGUUAUGAGAAAACGGAUAUUACUCCAAUUUUAGACGGCCAAAUUCUUUUUUCUGCGACACAACAAAUUUUACUGGGUGGAAGAAGCAUGACUUUACAUAUGCAAAAACUAAUGCAAGAAUCGCUACCUACUCUCCAAGCAACGGGAAAGCAUGUAGAUCCAGAACAUGUCACCGAGCUGUUUGCCGAACAACUAAAGUGUAGUGAGAUUACCCAAGUCCUUCGGGAGGAGCAAGACGCAUCAAAAGAAAAAUCGAAAAGAGAAGAGGAAUUUUAUUCUAGUAAGGAUGACGAGGGCGUUGAAGAUAUAGGAAAGAUCGUAGCUACUGGCCAAACAAGAGCGUAUCUUGCUCGGAAAGAAGAUGAGCGAAAUGGAAAUAAAUCACAGAGAAAAAUGCCGGAAAAUAGCGAGGUUGAAUUUCAAACUAUAAAUCUCUCACCUAUUGGAGAUUGUAUUGUCGGCAGGGAACGUUUUAAGGCAUGCGAGGAACUCUUCCACCGCCCUUCAAAUUACAGUGUCAGUCUACCAGAAGCUAUCUAUCUGACAAUUAAACACAACGCGGUAGAUUAUAAUCGAAGAAAUGACUUGUGGGAGAACAUCAUCGUAAUGGGUUGUGGAUCUCGUGUUCGGGGAUUCCGGGAAGCGCUCGUUCAGCAACUUCAGUUUAAAUAUCAAUUAACAGGAAAGUUGGAGCCAUAUUAUGUCGCACAAGGUACAGACUCCCUUAUUGGUAUGACAACAAAUCCUCCGACACCCUAUCCACCGCUCAUUAAUCCCUGCAAAACCUUACCUGAUUACUUUCCUUCAUGGAAACCAGAUGCCAACACCAAUGCUAUGUUUGAAGAAUUGGCAUUUUUGGGCGGUAGUAUCGUUGCUAAGACGUCCUUUAAUGAGUCUGUUGCCUCGCAUUAUGUUACGUUCGAUGAAUAUGUUCAGAGUGGACCUACCGAAAUACAUAGUAAGCAAUAAUUCAUAGACCUAUAGAAAAAUGAUCAUGGAUGAAAAACUGCGGGAAUCUACGACCUUACACAUGGAAAAAGUAAUGCAUCUUCUACUACUUUUUAACAUACCACGUGUACGUUCAGAACAUUUAAAAAUACAUAGCUCUUAAUUUACAAUGCUCAACAUGAUAUCAAAUAUUCCAUUAGGGAAAUAUACAUACAUAUAUUUCAAACAAGUCUACUUCAAGGGAAUGAAGCGAGAGCUGUUAGUGGCACCAAUACCAGGGCGUCCGUGUCUGGUAGGUUUGUAGGAGAUGGAGAAUUCACCCAAGUAAUGACCGAUCAUCUCGGGACGAAUUUCUACUUGGUUGAAAAGCUUACCGUUGUAGAUACCAACGACGGAGCCAACCAUCUCAGGGAGGACGAUCAUGCUACGCAAGUGAGUCUUGACAACGGCAGGCUUCUCGUUCAAGGGAGCCUCAGCCUUGGCUUGACGGAGCUUCUUGAUGAAACGAGAAGCACCAGCACCAAGACCACGGAGCAUGCGGCGGCGAAGACGAGCAGGGAACAACUCAAUCAAUUCCUCAGCCGAAAGGUCCAAGAGCUUUUCAAGCUCAACGCCACGGUAGGCAAAGGUACGGAAGGUUCUUUUCUUCCUUAAUUCAGCAGCACGGACGGCUUCCUCGUAGUUUUCCUCUGCCAUGGUGUUUGAUCCAGGAGAAGGGGAGUAGAUACUGCUUAAUUUCCUGGCACCGCAGAGUUGCGUGACUGUCUUUUUUGUAAACAAAAAA